AAGCACAACAGAAGACCUUUCAUCUUAACAAGGAAAUGAAAGGCUUUUUCUUUUACCGGGAAUUACCCCUAGUAAAAUAAAUCCUGUCACUUGAUACCCAGAAAUCAAAUUCUUGCGGAUGUUUCUAAAGACUUUUCUUGGCAUCCAUCACCCUCUCUAGAACUUGGAAUAACCAGGGAAUGAAAGAAAAAUGACUUUCCUAGUGCUCAUCUUCCUGCUCUCCCUGCUGCACGCUGAAUCUGCUAGAAGCAAAUAUCCACCCAAAGAAGCAGUUUUGAACCCUGUAUUUGGGCCGAGGGAAGUGAACGGUUUGCUGGAAGGAUCAGUUACUGUGAAAUGCUUCUACCCCCAAACCAAGGUGAACAGGCACGACAGAAAGUAUUGGUGCAGGGAGUCAACGAGGAGCUGCCUGACCAUCGUCUCUUCCAAUGGCUACACGGCUCGCGGCUACCAGGACAGAGUAUCCAUCACUGACUACCCAGAGCAAGGCAUAUUCCUAAUUAAUAUGUCACGGCUAGCACUGGGGGACAGAGGCACUUAUCGAUGUGGUCUUGGUCUCAACGGCAGAGGACUCUCCUUCCAAGUCAAAGUGGAUGUUUCUGAAGGUCCAAACAUACCUGAAGAAGCCGACCUCUUCUAUGUGGAGCUGCAAGGCUCUGUGACCAUGUCCUGCUCCUUUGGCGAACAGUAUGGGAGUGAAAGGAAAUACUUGUGCAAAAUGGAGAAAUCCGGCUGCCGGAACGUCAUUGAUACUUACGGGAAGGUCGAUGACGAAUACGCAGGGCGCAUUUUGCUGAGCAAUCAGGACACUGCAGGGUCGUACAGCAUCAUGAUAACUCAGCUGUCUUGGGAAGAUUCAGGGCUGUACUUGUGUGGUGUUGGGGUCUACGGAGAGACUGGAGAAACUAAGGAACUGGACUUGCAUGUCUAUGAAGGGACAGAUGUUCCUCAAGGAAAACACACAAUAUUUGGAGUGAAAGGAGGUUCGGUAACUGCUGAAUGCCACUACAAUCCUAGAGAAAGGGCCUCCGAGAAGUACUGGUGCAAGUGGAGAAAAAAUGGGUGUUUUCGGAUAAUAGGCAGCUCUGGGUUUGUGUCAGACUUGUACGAAGGAAGAGUAGCCAUGUACGAUGACCCAGAGAAUGGCACCUUUACCAUCAUCCUGAACCAGCUGGUGGACAAUGACAAAGGCUAUUACUGGUGCAUGACAGAUGAAAACAGGGAAAAAAAAUCAUCAAAGGAGCUGAAGAUCAUAGACGGAGAACCUAGUUUAGCAGGAAAGAAGGAAGUGGAAGUAAAUGUGGGUUCGCAGGUACAUUUAGCUUGCUCUUACCCAUGCAAGUACUACUCCUACGAGAAGUACUGGUGCAAGUGGACCAGCACUGGCUGCACCCCUGUGACCGCUUCUGACCAAGGACAUCUGGAGCUAGACGUUGACUGUAACACAGCCAACAAGACACUUCUCCUAAAUUUUGACCCUGUGGCACUGACAGACCAAGGCUGGUACUGGUGUGGAGUGAAGCACAACGGCAUCUUUGGGGAAACCAUGGCAGUGCAACUACGAGUAGUUGGAGCAAGGGUAGCGGUCGAAAGCGCCGCCAAUCCCAGCCCCGAGCUGCUGGACGUCGAGGCUCCCGGCAGCGACCAAGGCGGCGUUAUUCCCCAAGGCAGAGCCAGCAGCAACGCCGGAGCGGGAAGCCCAGCUGCCGCAGGCAGCCCUGAAGAAAGCCACGGCCCAAACGUACUUCCUUUAGUCAUAGGCCCUGUUGGUGCGGUGCUCCUGGUCCUUGCUACCGUUUUUGCUAUUUUUAAAUACAGGCAGAUAAAGAGAUCUGACCUGGUCUCCGUGGGGAGCUACAGAACGAACAUCAGCAUGUCGGACUUCGAGAGUGCCAAGGAGUACGGGGCAAACGACAACGCCUGCAUGAAAGAGACCCAAGAGACGCAGAUAGGGGGGGACGAGUUCAUAACCACCGCGAGCAAGGCUGAAAGCGCUGCCGAGGCAAAGAAGGUGAAAAGGGGGAAAUAAAAGGAGGCGUUUUACUUAAAACAUGAUGUCGAGCCAGCCCCAGGUAGCGUCAGGUGAGGAGACCAAUUAACGUCAAGCAGAGGGGCCGGCCGAGGAACAGGAGCCAGAUUUACGCACUGCUUUUACAAAGUCUGCACCUGAAGGGCGUGCGUAGGGGUUGCAAGUGCUGCACCAAAGCAAUAAAGAGACAUG